UCCACUUGAUUCGCAUAACGGCUAGCCGCCCUCUAUCAAGAAAGGGCGUAAUUUUUCAAAAUCAAGCCUUCUGACCUAAUUACGAAAUAUGGUGUACAAAUCGAAAACGGAUUUGAACUUUACCAAAUACCUCAAGUCCAAAUGGCUGACUGAUGUGAAAGAUUAUGAGUUGAAGAAAAGAACAAUUGUGGUCAACAUUUCUAACACGAAUGCAAUGAUCUCUGGGCCGGAACCUCGCAAAGUUUUGCAGCCAAGAAAAUCCGCAAUUUUGAAAGGUGUGAAGGUUAUUAGUGCCGAGUCUCUCGUGCUCAUCAAAGUCCCGGACGACAUCAACAUCGGUGGCUGCGUUCUGGAAGACGGCUGGUGUCAGCUGACAGCGCAAGUCCCAACUUUCCCUGAGGAUGUCCCGUUGUACAAGUCCCCACAGUUUGAUGUCGGGUCUGUUAAAUUUGAUCCAUAUGCGGUGACCGGGACUGUAGAGACAAGCUCGACUGGUAGUAUUUUAAAGAAGUUCAACGUUAAAGUGAAUGUGUGGUUCUGCCCUGCUAAAACCAACUGUGGGAUUCAUAACGUACACACCGACCCAGAAAUGUUAGAGGUCCACACCCAGAUAUAUGGUACAGGACGAAUGCAGAAAUUCCACUCCGAAGACUUCAAAAGCAUUUAUGAAGAUGUGCUCAUGGCACCUGGAUUUACCCAUGAUCCUUUUGCUGGCGUCAAGGACAACGGUAACAUCUUCUACGGUUGGCACCAGUACUACUCUGAUACCGAUUGCAUCUGGAUGGCUAUCGAAUACCAUCCGGCAUGAUUCGGUUCAUACUCGGCAAAUAUCGGGCCGGUUGUUAUCAAGACACGUGAACAAUGUUUGAAUGCAUGAUUUUGUUUGAAUGGCAAUAAAAUUCUUGAAAAUCG